UAAAAAAUAAUGCAAUUUUUACAGAUGGUAUCCAUAAUAAUAUAACAUCACCAAUCAAUAAAUUUAUGCCAAGUUUAUGUUUGAAACAGAAUUUAUUGAAUAUUGGUUUAUCUCCAAGUCAGUCAAUUACUCCACUAAUUCUUCCAUAUGUAGAACAGAAAUCUAAAAAUGAAUAUAAAUUACCAACUUCAAUUAGCAGGCAAAUAAUUUUUCAUCAAGAUUUAACUUUAGUAAUCGAGAAAAAAGAUCCAGAUAAAGUACAGAAUAUUCAGGCGCCAGCUCAACAAAUAAUUAAAAAGGAAGCCGCACGGUUAAUAGGUAUUCGUAGGCGUAAAAUGAAGAAACAUCAAUUGAGAAAACUACGAAAGAGAAUGUAUUUUGUAUGGGAACGUCGUAGAAUAAAGAAAGAAAUGAGAAAAGAGAGAGCGUUCCGAGAAGAACUUCUAGCAAUGAUGAAAGAGGCCGAAGAAUUCGAUGCAGAAAAAUACGUCGCGGAUAUCCUGCAUACAAUUCAAAACAAACCUCACAUUGAAACAAAAGAAGAAAGGAUAGAAAGAAUUAGGGAAUUAAUGCGAAAAAACAGAAGCAACACAAAUGUAAUACAGCCUAGUUAUAAAGGUAUUGAAUAACAAUACUUUUGAAAUUGAAUUCGUAAAUGUUAUAUUUUUAAUUUUUGAUUAAACAUUUAAAAUGUAUACGUUGAGCUAGAAAUUAAAGGAAUAUAAUUUAAUGAUUACUUACAUUUUUGUAUGCAAAUAAUAAUUUUAGAUAGAUGUUUAAAAGAAUUUGAUUUUUCUUCAUUAACAUUAUCAGCAAAGACAAGAAAUACUUUGUAGUUUUGUAAAAAAGAAAACAGUACUUAUUAAUUGCAGUGUAAUGAUUUUGAAUUUUUAUAGCAAAAUUACAUAUUUUUUGUUUGAAAUAAAAAGUUAGGCAAUAAUAUGGUUUGGGCAGUCAACUACUUGUUAUGUGUCAAUGUAUCAACAAGUUUAUAUUUGAGGCACUGGCCAAACAUUACUUGCAAUUAUCAAUAAAUUUUUGUGGUAAUAGUA